GCCGAGUUCAAAUUCCCCCAUGUCCAUGUUGCUAAGUGGAUAUUUGAUCUAACGGCCAAGUGGCGACUGCGACUCGAGCCGAGCAACCGGACCGUCUGGAUUCCGGUAGCUGAGCCCUACCCGCGACCGCUGCAUCACCAGGGCGACACACCGAGGAUACACGCAUGCUUGCCCAAACAUCUUCCAACACUCGUGUUCUUCUCUAAGACGACCGCGUGGUCCCCAGACGUCAAAUCUAAUUGUCGCUAA